UUCAGUCCACUGCUCUGGUAAGUUGGUUUAAGAUGAUUGAAAUACAUCCGUCACUGUUUUUAUGAUUAGCAUUCUGUGAGCUGUAUUUUUGUAUUUUGAUGCAGCUCAAAGGCAGAGUGUGUAAUAUACCGAAAUACUGAAAUACAUCAGGGGAUUUAGUCACUAAAUCCAGGUUAAAAACAGAAACAGCUGUUUUUCUUGCAUUGAAUUUUAGUGCAAUAAAAACAUCUGUUUCUGUUUGGGGUUUUUUUUUUUUGACUACUUGUACUUGAACUUUGCAAAAGUUUAAAAAUAAUUCUCGGCUUUUAAACUUUUUCCUUGUGAUUCCUGUCAGAGACACAAUCUGUUGUCAUAUAUGAAAAGUAGCAUCAAUUACAUAAUUUCAAAGCACAAAAAUGCAGGGGGUUUUUUUUUGUCGUUGUGUCUGCUCUAAUACAUUUAUUGUUUUUUUUCCAUCUUGAAACUUGACGUUUAGGUAUAUUUUUGCGUAAAAACCUUACAUAAAGCAUGUAUAUUUCAAGUUUUAUUUUGAAUUUUUUCCAUUUAUUUGUGUGGUCCUACACACACUUCUGAAUCGAUGCUUUGUAGAAUCACCUUUCACUGUAAUGAGGGCAAAUCUUUCUGUACCAGCCGUGCACAUCGGAAAACGUCCGAGUCAGAAAAUAAGUAACUUGGAGGUCUCUUGUUUUUAUUACAAAUAUUGCUGAUUCUUUAUCUCUUUUAUAUUUUGCUUAUGUAAAUCAGGCCACAGGGACCUUUCACUACAUAUUUUGUCUGACAAGUGAUCCUGUGAGAUACUGACUAAAACAUUUUGAUAAACACGCGUCACAUUUCUUCUUCUAUUAAAAUGUUCAUGAUAAUUCCAGGACUACAAGAAAGUACGUGUUUUUCCAAAGAAGACGAAAUUACAGAUAAAAUCCGAUGCUAAUCUUUUGUGUUUCAUUUGCUUUCAGAAAACUAGACAAUAAAUGCGCCUGCUUUCCAGGAGAGAUAUUCUGUCUCACCCCAACAGAUGGCAUCCACAGAGGUUAAGUUGUGAUGUUUCUUGUGUUUUUUUCUUUUACAAAUCAACACAAAAAUUCACUUCAAAAUGCCAUAUGAAUUAGAAAUAUUGGUGCUGAGCAGUAGCAAAUUGUAGCUACAAGCUGCGAUUGUUUUAUUAUGUUUUCAUCUUCCGGUCACAUUUUUAAAGAAGCUGAGGUGAAACAUUUGGGAAAAUGCACGGUUUGUUGUUUCAGAGCCAUCUGACAGCAACACUCCUGGCCUCCAUCCUGGGAGCCGUCCUCGGGCCCCUGCAGAUCGGCUACCACACUGGCAACGUCAACGCUCCGGCCAGGAUCAUCGAAGAGUUCUUCAACAGCACGUGGAGAGCCAGACACAACCAAUCGAUGACGGAUCACAGCCUGACCCUGCUGUGGUCGCUAUCCGUCAGCAUCAAGGACUUUGGAGCGUUGCUGGCCUCUCUGGGGGUUAAACACCUGGCAGAUUCAUACGGCAGACGAAACUCCAUCCUGAUCGCCAACUGUCUGUCAGUGGCAGCGGCAUGCAUUAUGUUUGCCUCUAAAGCCAACGGGGCGUUUGAGGUUCUCAUCCUGGGACGGCUGGUGUUUGGCCUGUUCUGCGGUCUUGUGAUGGGUCUAAACCAACUCUACAUCCAGGAAGUGUCCCCUACCAAUCUGAGAGGAGCCUUUGCCACACUCAACCAAGUGUCAUUAGCCUCUGGCAUCCUGAUAGGGAUGGUGGCUGGUCUGGAAACAACGCUGGGCACGAAGAGCAACUGGGCGAUGAUGUUGUCCCUGUCUCUCAUUCCGGCCCUGACACAGUAUCUGGUUCUGCCUUUCUGCCCAGAAAGCCCUCGCUACCUCCUGAUGAACCAGGGAGAGGAAAGGAAAGCAGAAACCGCCCUGCUGAGACUGCGAGGCCACGCUGCCAGAGUGACCAGCGAGCUGGAGGAAAUGAAGGAAGAGGCUGCACACACCCCGACCCGCGUCACCGUCCGGGAUUUCCUCCAGAAACGGAGCUACAGGGAACCGAUCCUCAUUGUUCUCCUCGUCAACUUAGGGAGCCAGCUUUCUGGAUUCAAUGCAAUUAUCAACUACUCCACUAAAAUGUUCCAGGCCACGUUCAAUGAGGCCAAGUAUCUGACUCUAGGUGUGGGAGUUGUCAAUGUCGCCUUCACUUUGGUUGCAUUCUUCUUCAUGGAGCGGGCCGGGAGGAGGAAGCUGUUGCUGAUUGGUUUCCUCUCCAUAGGAGUUUGCAAUUUCCUUAUGACCAUAGUCGACUCUGUUCUGCACCUGGUCCCUGAGCUGCGGAGCCUGCAGGUCCUGCUGGUGUUCUGCGUGGUCUCGGCCUACGAGCUGGGCCCCGGCCCCGUCUCCUGGUUCAUCGCCGCCGAACUGUUCGACCAGCCCGGGAGACCGAUCGCCAUGGCGCUCACCAGCAUGGUCAACUGGGGAGGGAAGUUCGUCCUCGCCCUCGUCUUCCCUCCGUUGCUGAAAAUCUGCGGGGCCUACGUCUACUUGAUUUUCACGGCCGUGGCUCUGCUCGCCUUCGCCGUCACGUGGCUCCGCCUCCCGGAGACCAAAGGCCGCACGUUCGACGACAUUGCGGAGGAGUUCAGAGGAGCGGAGGGAAUCCCGCUGCACAACAGCGGCGGAUUCAACACCUUCGCCUGAGCAGCAGAUUAUAUCUUCUCCAUGACGAUCCAGAAGAAACUGUUAGACUAUCGGCUCAGCCUGCCAACAUAAUAAUAAAGAAAAGAUUCCUCUAUAUAUAUAUUUUGUGUGUGGGGAGGGAAGCUACGCCACACCUCAAAUUUGAUUUUUUCUUUUGAUUAAAAUCUUGGAAAAAGAAAUGCAGAGCUCUAGACAAAUGCCAUCUGAAAUAGUCAUGAUCUCUAAAAGAACAUUUUUAAAACAUUUUAAAUGUUUUUUUUUUUUAUUCUUAGUGGAAAGAUCUGAUUUUGCAACCACAUUAUUCUGUAACACACAGAUGUUUAAAAUAAGGAUGUUUAAAUGCAACCGAAUCCCAGUUUGAUAUAACAAUAAUGAAAUCAGAACCAUAUAUUUUGUUAGACUCUAUAACUUUAAAGUUCUGUAAUAUAUUAAACUAUAUUUAGUCAUUGUUA